AUGGGUGAGGAUGUGCCUGCUACCGAGCUGUGCGUUGAGCACUGGGCCCCAGACCCGGCUAUUGAGGGGGCGGACGAGCCACCGAACCAAAUUGGUGGUGCACGAGGUCGUCUUUGCUUGCCCCAUGCUGAAGGGCAAAAAUGGGGAUUUUGGCCGUGCAGCAGCUCACUCAGCAAGCCAGCCCAUGCGGUAGUCAUGCAGCUGAGCUACCUUUGGGUUGCUUAUACUGGCAGGGUCGAGCGAUUUCGACAUCGAAAGUCUUUUGGGAGCCUCCGCAUCAAACCUCACGCGACAACAGCCUUGGCAUACUUCGCUUCAAUCGACCUGGGAAGUUGGGGCCAAGCUGUCAAUCUGCAGGCUUGUGCCCGCUUCGGUCAUUCUCGCAACCCAAGGGCCGGGACAAGCGAAUUUAUGAGCGAUCUCUGCAUACGCCGUAAUCGCUACAUGUAG